ACACCAGUUUCAUAACAAGUGCAGUCUUUUCUUAGAGAUCAGCUGAGUAUAGUGAAAAUUCAAGUAAAUUAAAAGUCGAAUAUCUUGGAUAUGGGGUAGAUCUAACCCAUAUCUAUUCUUGUUACAACGUAUCUCUAAAAAAAAAAAUCAAUUGAUCUUAGGAAAGAACGGGUACCGAGUUAAUUAACCGGGCAUCGAAUUCACUCUUAUCAGGAAUUGCCUUGUUCCCUAACUGAACACAGACACAAUAGACAGUAUGCAGAACCAAACCGUUCAACCAGACUCUGAAAGACAAGACCUAUGCUUACAACUUACCAAUGCUAUCUUCUCUCAAUUCGGAUUGGUUAUAUAUGCGAUUGUGGCGAUAGUGAUCAUAUGCUUUUUGGAAAAGAGGCGCUUCAAACCUGACGUUUGCUAUGGUAGACCCGGAUUACCAUUACCGAUCAAUUUCUUGGACGGAACCUCCAAUUCAGUCGCCAAUGCAGCAGCGGUUGGGUGCACGUUGGAGCAUGUCUUGUUCUACAUGAUCUUGGGUCCUGUGAGGAUUACUGAACAUCCAUGGCUAACUUUUCUUUAUAUGAUCUUGACGUGCUUCAUGAUGUCCAUCGUGUUCUACCCCAUUUUUGCAAGCUUGAACACUUCCUCGAGAUUAUUUGGAUCCAUCAUAGGAUUUCUAUAUAUUCUAAUUUUGUCAGUAGUAGACUUUGGACGAAUUUAUAUCUGUGCCACAGAGACCUGGUUGUGGUUCAUAAACAUCUUCACGAUUAUCUCCGAGGCAUAUCUAUUGAUUCUGUUCAUUUAUCGAUGUGUGACAGCCCUUUUCAAGAAGUCAGUAAAUAGCAAGGAACCUUUAGUCAAAAUCGAUCAGAUGAUGCAUGUGAAGGAAUUACUCCAGACACCUGUGUCUACAACUACAUCGGAAAACAUCAAAGAGAAGAUAAUAAAGAACACAGAGAAAGCUGUUCGAGAAGCAAAGCUAUGUUGUCUUCACAAAAGUCUGUACAGGUGCACCACAAGGACCGUAGUGAUCAACACCAUCGUCUUCAUGAUCUUUUAUUAUAUAUUUGUUUUUACACUGUCAUUUGAUGAUUUUCUAAGAAAGUAUAUUGACCAGAUUUCUCAUACCAAUACUACUUCAAAUCCAUCUUCAUCUUGGUUGAACACAUUAUUAAGAGUUUUAAAAACUUUUGUACAGGUUUUCAGAGUGUCUUUGAUCAUCGCCAAUAUCCUAUCCGCUGUAUAUUUGGUAGCCAAUAUGAUCUUCAUUUACCGGUCACAGAGGCAACAUAUCAUCCAAAUAUGGAAAGGAGACCGAUCUUUCAUUCCCGUAAAUUGUACGCAAAGCCACAGUGAUAUGUUGGUUAAAAAUCUAAUGUACGCAGGGAACCAAGCUGCCCAUCUCAUCGGAGGUUAUUUCAUUUUCCAAUUUUUGGUGUUUGUGUUGUGCAUGGUGAUAGCUUACGGUUUUGUUUUACCCAUUAUGAAGGAGGUACCAUAUUUUUUCCUGAAACCGUUGGCGUUUUCUAUACCUGGUGUGGUGUUCAUGUUUGUUUUUAGAGCUGUACUUCGAAUCAUCAGUGGAAAAUGUUUCUUGCAAAAUCAUUAUAUCAGCUCCGACAACGGCGAGACCUGGGAGAAGGUUCUGGCUUUGGACAACAGGAGAGUAUACCAGAACCUGUCCUUUUUCCUAUUUUUCUACUACAUGCUGAUCGGUCUGUACCGGUGUCUGUAUCGUGUUGUCAUCUCUGUAAUUCUGAGUUUAUUCUACUUCUCUCGCAUGGAUAAACCCAUACUGUUCCCUGGGUUUGAACAUUUAGAUAUAGGGUAUAUGACGUAUCUCGGCUUCCUGGAGGUGGAAUUGCAUCACUGUCAUCCAGUUGUCGUCGUCUUUUGUGACCAGAUCAUCAAAUCUGUCAAAUCAAAGUUCUUCACAUCCCAGGAAAGGCAAACCAGAAUUGAAACGGAUGUAUAUGAAAACGACGUGUACGUAUUUUCAAACGUGCAUACAGCCCGAGUAAAGAACAAAUGGCUGAAGAUGAGAACUUUGAUUAAAAAUCAGUCUCUGUGUAAAGAUUCCAAGACCAACAUUUCCUUUCAGCACCCACUCCAUGCAAAGAAAACGUUCGUGGGAUGUAAAGCUGAAAUCAAAUCUAGCGAGGUGUAGACAUUUGUGAAAUUUCUUUAUUGAGAAUUCGUUAAUUUCAAACUUAAAGGAUUAUGUAAUACACAUGUUAUAGAAAAUUGCCAUAAUAUGUCGUAUGCAUUUAAAGAGAGGAAUACGUCAUCUAACUUUUUUAAUUACUGUUACUCAUUUUGAAUUACUGUAUACAGGGUAUAUUUCGCCCGUUUUUAUUUUCGUCUUUUUCCUGGACAUCAUGUUUCAAGGUGUUUUGACAAAAACGAAAAGGGAUUAUUUCCCUGUACACAAAAUGUACUAAUACAUUUUAUACGCCCGCAUAAAAAUGCGGGCGUAUUAUGCUAUACCGCUGUCAUCCGUCUGUCCUUUUCACUUUGUCCUCGCAACUCCUCCUAAACCUUUUGGGGGGUCGGUUGAUGAAACUUGGUACAAAGAAAGAUCACAAUGUAGAGUUGUGCAUCUUGCAAGGGGAAUGCUGUCCAAUGUUUUAAAGGAGUUACGGCUCUUGAACUUGACUUUUUCCUAUUGAAAAUACUUUGUCUUCGCAACUCCUCCUAAACCCUGUGGGGGAUUUCAAUGAAACUUAGUACAAAAAAAUCACAAUGUGUAGAUGUGCAUAUUACAUGGGGACUGUUGUUCCACUAUUUUGGAAGGAGUUACAGCCCUUGGACUUUGAUUUAUUUAAUGCAAAAUACAUUGUUAUGGCAACUCUGACGAAAUCCUUUUGUGGAUAAUCCUUUCUUACUUGUUUAAAUUCCUGGGUCAAUAAUGUAUGCGGGCGUAUCAUGUACCGGUUUAGCGGAGCCCUAUUUUUAUAGGUCCGUUUCGCUGUAUAAUAUAUUAUAUGCUUGACUUCUAAGAGGAUCGGACCUGUGGAUUAUGAACUGAGAAUAAGUUGAAUAUUUUAAUUAGUAUACUAGUAUUUUCCAUACUUAAACACGUUUAAAUAAAGUAUCACACAUACACUUUGACAUUCGGAUUAUGAUUUAAGUACUUCUUUCAAGGAUGUUUGAAAAUGCACAGUACUAGUCCCCUUUUGACGUUACAAUACCCUCCCUUGUUUCAUUUUACCACUAAUGUGUUCGUUUAAUCAACAUAGUACGUAUGUUACCCGAGUGCACUUAUUUAUUGUUAUGUAAUUUAUCAAACCUAAUCUCGGUCUGUUUGAUAAAAUAAGUAUGUGUUCUGUUACACUAUUAUCAGCAAAUACAACAAUUUUUAAUUUUUUUUUUUUUUUAUUAAUGAGGACUAUUUCUCAAUUUUUAUAUGAAAUUUUGUCUUUUAGUGUGUUAAUUUCUAUGUAUGUUCAUGAAUUAAACUGGAAUGUUUUAAA